AAUUUUUACCUAACCAGAAUUCAGCAUCACCUCUCCUUCUACUUCUCAUAGUUUCUCAUCUUCAUCAAUUCUCCCCUGAGUUUCCUGAAUCAUCAUGGAGAAAAAAAAAUCUUCUCAAGAGUAAUCUUCACUUCUUCUUUCAUCUCCACCUUCAUCACUUUCCCUUUCCUGUUCCUCAUCUUUGUACUUCCAUAAACCAUAUAAGAUAAUCACUCACCUACAUCAACCAAUUAUCCACACGGUCUCAUCAUCUUCAUCUUCAUCUUAAUCAUCAUCUAAAUUUUGCAAUAUCUUCUAAUCAAAUAUAAACAACAAGUCAAAAUAAUCCAAUCAACAUCAGAAACAUCAGCUGUCCAACAACCAAAUCAAUCAGCAAAUUGAAUCAACGAUCACAUUUUCAAUAGUUAAUCAGUUGCAUCUUUAAUGUAUAUUAACCAAUGUUGAUAAUCUUGUUUAAUUGUUUACAAUUUAGCUCAUGUGAGAGUAACAAAAACAGAGCAAUCAAAUAUUGAUCAUCAUCAUUUGUAUACAACUGAAUACAUUUGUUUCACCCAAUGUAAUAUAUCUGAUCACCAAUCUUACUAAUUAUUCAUUUCCAUUGUAUUCAUAACUGUUAAUCAUCUUAUCAUCAUCAUUGAUUAUCAAUUAAUCUACUGGUUCAUUCCCUGUAAUUUUCUGGUUUACGGUUUAUUUGGUUUUCGAUUCUGGUUCAAAGUGAGAAGAGUAAAAAAAAUUCUGGUUCUCAUAUUGGAACUACAUUGAAUUUCUGGUUACAUCUGAACAUUAGAUUCAUUGUUAGAACUCAGAAUUUCAUCCUUAUACUCAAUCGAUAUCAUGUUAAAGUUUUGAUUCUUUGGUUCCUAUCAGUUGGAUGUUAACUUUCAACCGAAUCACAUCAACGUUAAUCUUUCAUUUUCCAUUAAAUCUUCGUUAUUAAAACGAAUAGACAAUUAAGUGACUUUUAAAUUGUGCCAACGAAAUUCAAUCGAUAAUCUUUAAUUACAAUGGAAAUUGGGAAAAGAAAAAUUGGAAAUUCAUUGAUUAGAAAAGUUAAAAUCAGCUGAUUGAUUUUACCAACGGAAUAUAAUUGUUUUCAUCAAUUUGAAUGGUUUUGUCUCUUUUUUUGUUGUUGAUUAGUUAAUUUGCUCAAAGUGUUGUGUGUUUCAAUGUAAUUAAAUUAUCAACUAUUUCAACGAUUAAUUUGAUUGUGAAUAGGAAGUAACAAAAAUGACAGAAACAACAAUCAUGGAAAAUAACAGUAACAAUCAACAACAACAAUUACCAACGACAUUAUUGAUAAGUGAACAAUCAACAAAUAUCAACAAUAUUGUUGACAAUCAGGUUGAUUGUGAUUCACCAAAUAAUCAGAAUCAAUCUGAUGAUAAUAAUAUUAAUAAUAUUGUUAUUAAUAAUGAAACAUUUAACGAUAACAACAUGUCAACAUUAUCUUUAUCUUCAUCAUCACCACCAACAUCAUCCUCAUCACCAACAGGCUUAACAACCUCAUCUCCAUCCUCAUCAACAACAACAUGUACCACAACGGAUGUUAUUGAAAAUCAUCACUCUAAUCAUAAUCAUCUUUGGUCAAUUGAGAAACAGCCAAUGGUCAGUAAUGACAAUCACAAUGAUAAACAGCCGGAAAUGGACAGUCUACUUGAGAAACUACGUAAAGGAAUGACCGAGUUAAGUCACCAAGGAGAUGACUUUACGAAGCAAAUGUGGGACAUGUACGCGACCUUUGAAGAUAUGAUCUCAGGUUCAGGUCAACGGGAUGAAAGGGCAAGAACAACACUCUUGGAAUUAUCAUCAACCUCAUCAUCUUCAUCAUUGAACACUCAUCUUGGUGGUGUUGGUAAAAAUGUCAUCGAUAGCACUCUUGUUGGCACCAAUUCUUUGUCAUCAAAUUGUAGUAUUGUUAAUCAAGAGGUUGACAGUUUAAUUAGUAGUAGUGAUAUUAGUAGUAGUGCCAAUGGAUCACCUGAUUCGGUGUCUGAUGAGAAUGAGAUUAGUAUGAUUAAAGCUGAAACAAUUAGCACUCAAAUUGUUGAGAAAAAUUCUGUUCCUUCAAAUGAAUUAGACUCACAAUUAGAAUCGACAUCAAUCAUCUUACCUGACGAAAGUUCAAUCAAAAGUGUCGAUAGUAAUAAUAAUAACGGUACUGUUUCCACGGAUAAGACUAAUUGUCAUCAGAGAUUUCGACCUAUUCCAACAGGUAAAGGUAAAUUGUUACCAACUCGACAAUCAACUGUUGAUAAAUUGGUUGACAAAUCAGUAGCACCAACGACGAUAAACCUCGGAGGCUAUCAAAGUGAUUCCGGUUCGAACUCAUCACUGGCCAAUCCUCUUCUGGACACUAUUAGUUGCUUAACUUCAAGUGACCCUUAUAGUGAUUCGGAUGAUUAUGAUGUGACCCGAAAUAAGGUCAUUAAUCAACGGGCUCGACGUCGAUGUCGUCGUAUGUUAUCCGAUCGGUCGAUUCGUUGUUCACCUAAUCAUUUACAUUCGUGCUGUUCAUCGGACGCUGAUUCCAUUGGCUAUGCAGGUUCUAAUUCAAUCGAUUCAGGUUAUAAAAGUCUUUGUCCCACACCCGAAGUACCAGAAUCAAUUUCGAAUCUCUUACCCUACAAGGUACCAGAAUUGAAGAUCGAUGAUAAAGUCAAUUCGACAGCGAAAAUAGCAGAAUGUAAUUCUCUGGUUUCAUCAAACUCUUCGUCGUCAUUAUCGGCUUUCCAACGAUUAGGUGGAUUUAAUUCAAGAAAUUCUUCAAACUUUCCUUACAUUAAUUCACCAUCAUCAUCAACAAUUUCCUCUGUAUCGAUGAAAUUCCGGGAUAAUCCUCAGAUUCAAACUCUAAAUCGUGAUCAUCCGAUUCCAAGUAGCUCAUCAUCAUCCUCGAUUUCUGGAUCGUACGGUUCGAGAGGUGUGAAUGUUUCCUCUCGAUUGAAAAGUCAAACAACCGAAGCUCAUCUUGAACAUUUAUUAACACUUCGUCAAUCCCUUAUAAGUGCAAUUCAAAAAUGCGAAUCAUCAUCAACAUCAACUCCAACCGAUUCUCGAGUUGCUAGUCCAGUGAUUUCAAGUCGAUCAACAAGUCCAGCAUCAACGGUAAUUCCCAGGACAGUUAGUAAUUUAAAGAUAACACCAUCAACACCAACCGGAGGUACAUCAUAUUCACCAUCAUCAUCAUCAAUUUUAUCAUCAACAACAUUUGAAAGUAACCAAAUGUUACAACAAAGCUCAAUCCAUCGUACAGGUUGUUCAUCGCCCCAAACAGCAACAACAAUCACCUCGAAUGGACCAACAGGUAAACAUUUGUCAUCUUCAUUAUCACCUGAGCCUUGGUAUUCACAACAUCAUUACUCACCUUCACCAUCACAUCACCAACAUCAUCAAUACAAUUACUAUUCACAAUCUCAAUACAGUGCGACCGUUAACCCAUCUCGAUUUACUCGAACCAUUAAUAAUCCCCAAAUAAGCAUCUCCGAUCAUCAAUCACCCAAACCAAUGACAAGUUCAUCAUCAUUAUCAAUUGAUUGUGAUCUUAUUACACCAACGCAAUCAUCAGAUAUCCUAAAUGAAUAUAAAGAUCAACAAAAUUAUUCCUCAUCAACAUCGGCAACAUUUAAUAAUAAUACUAAUGGUAAAUCAGUCCGAUUUGAAGAGGUGAAGUUAACACCAUUAACAAAUUAUUCACCUUUAAAUAGUUUGAUAAUGUCCCUUGAUUGUAGCACAAUUGAUUCAAAUGAUUAUCCCGAUGAAUUAAAUCCAUUACAACAAUCGAAAGAGAGAUCAACCUCAUCAAUGAGAUCCAACUCUUCCGUCUCAUCAAUUGUGACCUCAGGCCUUGAGACGGGAAUCGUUGAUUGUAUCAAUGAUACUGGAAGCAAUAAUAGUACUAAUAGUAACAGUUUAAAUAGUAAUUGUAAUUCAACAAUCAAUAGUAAUAGUAACACCGAUUUUACCAAUAAUAAUGUUAAUGGUAAUGGCAAUAAUAUUGAUGCUAAUAACGGUAUUAAUUAUAAUAUUUCAUCAUCUUCAUCAUCAUCAUCAUCAGUUAAAUCAUCAACAGGAACUUUUUCAACUAAAUCAAUAUUAAAAGAUCCAAUUUGUGCCAAUCUAAGAACCGCAAUUGAAUCAGGACAAUUUAAUGCUGCUCAAUCAAUAGAGAAUGAGAUUGAUUCACUUCUCUAUGGUAAACAUUUUAACGAUUCAAUGUCACAAUUAACUAAUCAUCGGGAAAAUAUUACAAUUGAAUCACAAUAUUUACCAGCAUCCAAAGAGAUUCCAACUGAUUUAUAUCAUAAAUCACAAUCAACGAUUGAUGAUCCAUUAGAUAUUCCCUAUGUUAAAAUGAUCGAGGAAAAAUAUCGAACUACAAAUAUUAGAACCAAAUUAAAGGAUCACGAUGAUACCUUUACAAGUCAUUUCAGUGAUAAGAUUAAUGGUAAAAGUAAUGAUAUCAUUGAUCCAACCAGAACCGUUGAUGAUGUUAAUGUAACUAUGAAUUACCAAAGGAAAUCACCUUCGAGUUAUCUUGUUAAUCAUCAGGGUGCUAAUCAUUUUGAAAGUCAACACGUUUCCAUUUAUCACCAUGAUAAUCAUUCUCAUUACCAAAAAGAGCAUCAAUUGCGAAAUUGUUCAUCAAAGGAUUUGGUGGAUUCCCGGUUAGAUUCAAUGUCGAAAAGUAAAAUCAGUGAAAUGGCCAAAUGUAUGUUAGGUAUUCUCGAUGAGAUUGAGAUGAAAAAUUCAAUUGAAAAUCGUUUACCUAAAUUGGAAACUGGAUCAGUUAGACUUCGGGAAAAGGUCAAUUAUUCGAAAGAUAGACCUAGACCAAGUUCUGCUGAGUUUAGAGGAUCAUUAGAGUUUAAUUCUGUUGUAAUGAAUCGUAAUAACAUGGAAAAUGAAAGUGAAUCAUCUUAUAACUCUCUUCCUGAAUAUCAUAUUUACGAAGAGGUUGCUUACGAUUAUAUGAUGAGAGGCGAACACCCGAUUCGAUCAGCAUCACCUUCAUCCAGUAUCGUCACUAAUCAACGUAAAGAAAGGCCACCAGGUCGAAGGAUCUUACCCCCUAAUCCAAGUGGAUCGACGAGUAUGUUGACUAAUUUACGAUUCUCUGGUAAUCCGAGAGGAUCUUCAUCCAUCUAUCGAUCAUCAUUAAAAGAUUUGUUCACUAAAUCUUCCGAUGGAAACAAUAACGAUAAUCAUUUGUCUAGAACUGCUGGACGAUAUGAGACCGAAUUAAAAUGCUUCAGAUCUUCAUCCUCAUCGCCGUUAUCAAGAAUAUCAACAACAACCAACAACAAUCAAAUCUCAUCUUCGACAAUCAAUAAACCAAACGGUCAAUCGACUCGAAGAAGUUGGAGUCGAGUCACAGAACAACCAAAGCAACGGGGUAACCUUUACUCUCUAUUCACUGAUCCAAACCAAAGGAUUAACAUUGGAAGAUCAUUGCGAAAGGAUUACAAUUACAAUCAUUCAUCAACAAUUAACCAUUUGCAGAUUUACAAUCAAAUGGAUCAAUUUUCAUCAUCAUCAACCUCAUCUGAAUAUGGAUUUAAAAAUAACUAAUCUAUCAAAUUGAUGAGAACCAUUGACUUUUUUAAAGAAAACAUUUCCUAUUCAAUCUGAUCCUUUUUUGUUAAGUUCUCGUUGUCUUUUUAAUUGUAACAAUUAACAUCUCUUUGUACUCAUAACAUGUACUUGUAUCUGCUUUUUUUUUGCAUUUCUAUCUUAUUAAUUGUAGUCAAUCAAACUACACUCAUUUGAUAUUAGCAAGCGAGUGAAUCAUAAUUAGAUUGUACUCAUUUUUGUUUACUGUUUGUAAAUCAAUUCAAUUUAUUUCAAUUCGUUUUUAUAUCAUUAUUACCAAGUAUUAACUUUGGUAAUUAUAAUAAAUGAAUCAACAAAUUCUACAAAAUUGUUCAACAAGAUUAGUUUGUUCAGAUUGGAGUUCCGUUUUAAAAGUUCCAUCAACAAGUUGCAUUCUCAGAAAAUUAAAUUAUCACAUUGUUUGGAAAAGUUCACAAUUAAAUUUAGAAGCAUAACUUAUAAUAAAAUUCAUACACCAGAUGGCAGAACGUGUCGUG